CGAAAAUAGUCUUACAUGAAGCAAUUUCUUGUUCACAGCAUGUGGGUGAGACUUGUCGCCCUAGGGGCUCUACUUGCUCUGGCUCUAGCCGCCACUACUCAAGGUCCGGAGUCAAACUGUCCUACUGCUAAUGCUUGCAAUCCUAAUACGUGUAAGCUUCCUGAAUGCGGCUGUUCUGGAGCUGAACCCCCAACAGCUGAUUGGUCUCAGAGACCACAGAUUCUGUAUCUAACCUAUGACGAUGCCUUCACUGAGUUUGGAGAGACAAACUUCUACAGUUCUCUCUUCAAUGGAACAUUCAAAAACCCAGAUGACUGCCCAAUAAGAGCAACACACUUUUUGACGGCCCAGUACACAGAUUACACUCUAGUCAACAAAUACUGGAAGAUGGGUCAUGAAAUGGCUUCCCAUAGUAUCACGCAUAGAUCCAGCACCGACUACUGGAAAGCUUUGAAUGUGACAGGCUGGAGAAAUGAAAUCGAGGGUUUACGCAAAAUGAUUUCACAAUUUGCUGCUGUUCCAAAGGAAGAGAUAUCAGGAUUCAGGGCCCCAUUCCUUCAGCUUGGAGGUGAUGAGAUGUAUACUGCUCUUAAAGAAGAUGGUUUUAAAUAUGAUUGCUCAUGGGCAAGCAGAGACUAUGGUUAUCUCAAGCUAGAUUUUGGACUGUUUCCUUACUCCUUGGAUUCUGCCUCAGUACAAGAUUGUCCAGUUGAACCUUGUCCAACCUGUAGCUAUCCUGGACUAUGGGUUCAGCCUAUGCUUGAUCUAGAAGAUAGAUGGAUAGGAGCAGAUCCAACCCAUCCUAACAAUGGCAUGCCAUGCAGUAUGCUGGAUGCUUGUAUCAUGUAAGAACUAAAUAUCCUAACAAUGG